AUGAAAAUCCCGAUUUCAAUAGUAUUAGAUACUAUUCGUCCAACAUCAUCUAUUUCAAAUCGAUCAUUAACAAACAAUAAAAAUCUUCAGUAUCGUCAAAGAAAUGAUACUAUUCAACCUCGACAAUAUCGAACACGUUUACAACAAUUACAAGCUAUGUUUUGGCCUACACGAGAAAUCCAUAAUACUAUUAGUAAUAAACAAUUGAAUGAAUAUGAACAAAUCCCAAUGGUUACUAAAAAAACAAACAAUUAA